AUGCGGAGAGCAUGCUCUCGAUGCAGAAAACACAAGAUCAAAUGCGCACAUAAUGGCCAGCCACCUUGUAGCUACUGCUCUCAACGAAACUUGGAUGAUGAAUGUGAACUGAGCUUUCCGGAAUACAAGAAACCAGAGAAAAGUUAUGAGCAAAGCAAAAACGAGUUCAAGGUUUCAAAGCCUAAUCUGACGAAUGAGAUUCCUGUCCCUUUAGCUUUCACUACAGAAGUACGACCUUCAAUGAAAACGUUGUGUGAACCAAUUCAUAUCGCGCAGCCAGAGACACAGGCGGCUCUGAGUAGUUCUACGAUUUUUGACAUCGUUCCUCUCAUACCUGCAUACGUGAUCCGCGAUGCGAUAUUGAGGAUGUGCGGAUCAUUUCCAGAACUUACCUUCUUUCACUUGCCAACAGCUCUUGAAAGACCCGAUAGCUUGCAUCCGGUUCUCGUUGGUGCAAUCCUAUCUCAUACCUCAUUCUUCGACCCCUACAAGGAUUCAAAUGGGAGAUUAUCUUCCGAUCAAUGGCUUGGAGUCUCUUGCUAUCAAGUAACUCACUGCGUUUAUGAAAAUUUGACGUUACAGACUGUAUUUAACAACUACCAAUUCUUGCUUGAACCAAGUAUCGAUGUUGCUCGCGCUCUCUUAAUACUCUGUGUGGUGAAGUGGGGACAUAAUGAGUAUUACGCUGCUUGGAUGCUGCAUGGUUGUGGAGCACGUAUGGUUCAAUCUUUAAAUUUUGACGAAUCAUUUAAUUCGAGGUCCAAACAAUAUCCACUACUCAGGAAAAUCAAAGCGAGAGCCUAUUGGUGUGCAUUUGUACUUGAUAAGAUCAUUUGUACUGGCCAGAAUAAAUGUUUCGCAUUAUCAGAGUUUAGCGACAUACCACUGCCAGUAGAUGACAAUGAGUUUUCUUUCCCGGCAUUUGACUACCGGCAACAAGAAAAACUUAAAUACAAAGUGGGCUUCAACCUGACCUUGAAUAACUUUUUGGAACAAUGCCGCGAUAAUCCAGACUUGGUUCGGGAACUCCCAUUCACCGUUUAUGUUUACCUGUGGUCUCUAUGGGGCAAGCUCAAUAGACGAACCAUGAGGCCGGACAGAGAAAGUUUAGAGCUAGAAUGCCCAUGGGACUCAACAACAGAAGCUUAUAAAUUCCUCAGGGAAAUCGAUGAAUUAUGGUCAUUAUUACCAAACGAGUGGAAAUGGUCCAAGGACAAAUACCUGAGAUAUGAUCCUCCUAUUGUGCGAGAUAAUUUAAUGAUCACGAUGAACUGCUUGUAUCAUAUCUCCAUUGCAUUCUUCAAUCGUGAGUUUUUGCCUUUUUUACCUUACGAUGUGGAACGACCCGUCGGUCCCCCAGACACCAAUUUUCCUUCGCGUCCUAACAAUGAUUAUUGGAUUGAGUCUGCGAGAAGCUGCUUCAGAUCUGCCAGAGAUUUGUCUUUGCUCUUGGGCACACUGUUGAAAGAAGAAACCGACAGGCCGGUUGGGGCUCCUUUCCGUAACUCCGUAUUGGUGAGCCCAUUCUAUUCUUUUGUAGCAUUUACAUGUGGCGUUGUUACAACUUAUGGGGCAAACUUUCACUGGAUGGACCCCGACAACGCUUUGUACAAGGAAGAUUCGGAUAAUCCAGCAAACUUACGCAAUUGCUACAACGUCACAGUCAAAAUAUUGAAAGCCAAAGAGGAUGAUUUUAUGGCAACCAAAAAUUGGUUGGGAGCGGUUCUCAAAAUAGACGAGAUCAAUAGGUUCGUGGCCCAGAAUCGUGAAAAAGCGAAACAUUUGGAUGGGGAUCGGAAGAGGUCAAAAGACUUAAAGCGUUCCCUAAUCGAGCCGAACGUGGAUGCGAAACAUAUAGAAAAAAUGUUCCCAAUACUACCGCCGCCUCGUCCUAGUAGACAGCACUCUGUCGAGCACAUGUACCCUUCGCCUACGGCUGACUCAUACUACACUAAAGUGGGGCUCUUUCCGCAUCAAAAAGAUGGAGAGGGAAGAGCGCUGUACCAUUCGAACCUACAGCCGCGGUUCAUAUCUCCCGCAAUUCGAGCACACUCGUCACAAUACGGCUUUCCGACAAACGCUUUGGACUUAUCAUAUUCAAGACCUUCGUCGAGCGUCCUACCUCCUGCAACGGCAUGUGCACCGUCUCCAAACUUUUUUCCGACCCAACAACCACAAAUACCAGGGUUGGGUGGACUUACUGAACAUCCUAACGUUCCCUCCCCAUUCCCUCAUAAAACUCCUGUGAAUCCAGCACAAGGCAGCGCAUUUCUGAAAUCUUUUACCCACUUCCCGUAUGGCAAUCAUCAUCAUUCAUGCCAGCGCUCACGAAAGGGCACGCAUGUAUCUGAGACAAUGCACACGACUCCUAAUGAGAUCCGCGUCGAGCUGGAUACCGACAAGCUAAAUCUGUUUUUCAAUGACCACGAGCUAGAUCUUUUGCAACAAUUCAAAGGAUAG